AUGAUGGAACUUACAUCUUUGCCUAAAUUCCUUUGGACAAGUGACAACAAACUUCUGCAUCACCAUUUUCCGGACAUAUUGGCUACUGUUCAUACCACACAAGACAUUGCUGAAGAAGUUGUUUUUGGACCAUGCAUGCUCCAGAACACUCUGCUGGACACUGUAGCUUUUAUUGCUCUCAAGUGUUCCGAUAGAAGGAACAUUCACUACAUAUUUAAGGUAGAUGUUACAUCUGUGCACAGUCCCACAGGUUUGCCUUGGAUGAGACUUGUACAAGCAGCUGCCAAUAGCAAUGAGCAGAACUUGGAAGCUUACUUAGAAAACAGUCAGUUAUAUUAUCGCUCUACCAGGAAAAUCAACAAAAAUGAGGAGCUGCUUGUCUGGUAUGAUGAGGAGCUUUCCAGGCUCUUGGGUUUUGAUGAGAUAAAAGCUCAGAGUCCCCAGAAUGAGUUGAGAUGCCAAGAAUGUGACCGAGUCUUUAAAUGUGAGCAUUCCUACCUCUCCCAUGUCCGCUUCCUAUGUGUCCCAGAGAAGUGCACCCUGCUAUGGAAAAACUUCCAGAACCCUAAGACUGAAAAGAGCAACUUAGCUGAGCAGACCACGAAUUUCCAUAGCUUGGCAAGAGAUCUAGAAGUCAAAAUGACAGCUUGUAAAGAUGACGCCCAUGGUCUCACAGGAGAAAGGAGAGCAAAAUCUGAAGAGGCUGAGAACACCAGGAGCAGAAAAACAGUGUUGUUGGAGAAAACCAAUAACCUGAGUGAGGAACAUAAUUGUGGGAGCAAGGAAGAGGUUGGGGGAGAGCAUGCAUUGUCUGGUUCUUUCUGGAAGCAUAGUUCAGGGAGGCAGUCAGCUAUGAAGGAUGGUUUAGAGCAGAAGCAGAGUGCUUUCACUGAGGUCAGGAGGAUGAAGGAGAAGUUGAGGAAUGAGAGGAUGAAGGAGCCAGAAGAGGAGGAUGGCAUAGUCCCACCUGGUGAAGAGCAGGUACCAAAGGAAGUGUUGUUGAACUCCUCUGGCAGUGCAUUCUCCUUUGUGUGGCCCACCAGAACGCGAGGAGAACAGAAGAGUGCUUUCAGCAAACCCAGUAAAUGUCUAAUAGAAAGACCUGUGAUAAAUUCUUCUCAUCCCAUGAGUGAGUCACCAAAGAGCUUGGGAGAGCUGUCUGGCUUCAUUGCCACUACAGACAUCAUGUGCUGCAGCACCCUUCUCAAUUCCAAGUUCUUUGUCAGUGAUUUGUGUAAUGCCCAGAUGCUGCAGACAAGCAUCACUCAGAGCAAUGUUUUCCCAUAUACCUCAGAACUGUGGCCCAAACAAGCAGGAAGACAGUUACAAAACACAACCACCACUUCUUCCUCCUCCUCUUCCUUAACUCUUCUUCCCCCCACCUUCACAUCCUUUGGAGUGGCUGCCCAGAACUGGUGUGCCAAAUGCAACCUGUCCUUUCGCAUGACAUCCGAUUUAGUCUUCCACAUGCGGUCACAUCACAAAAAAGAAUACUCCUCAACUGAGUCCCAGUGCAAGAGAAGACGAGAGGAGAAGCUAACAUGUCCCAUUUGUCACGAGUACUUCCGAGAACGUCAUCAUUUAUCCCGGCACAUGACUUCUCAUAAUUAGAGCUGUGCAGAUAAAUCUCACCAAGGGACU